AUGACGCUAUUAAGUAAUCUAUGUUACAAAUAUCAAAUUGUGAUCACUAUUGCGGUUGCCGCUGGGAUUGAUUCAGUACCGAGUGAUUCAGAACUAUUUGGUGAUUUACCUGAUAUAGAAAAUUCUUCCAUUGAGUCUGUUGGAGAAAUGAUCAACCAAGAGCCUGAAAUAAUUGAAAAUACAUCGGAUCAUUCAGACAGUCAGAGAAAAAAUGGCAAAUCAAAAAGGCCCAAACGGUUAUGUCCAUUCUGUUUGAAAUUAAGAUACAAAUUGAGUAGGCAUUUAAGAAAAAAACAUCACGACAACAAAAAUGUCAACAAUGCGAUGAAGUUGCCAAAGAUCCAACGGGAUAAAAUAUUUGCAAAGAUUCGGAGAGAAGGCAUUGUAGUAUUUAACAAACAACAAGCAGCGAAUGAUAUUCCCAAAUAUCAAAGUGAACGGGAUAACAAAAAAGGCAAACCUUUGUCCCGCUGCAGCUACUGUGAUGUCGUGGUCAUUAAAGAAAAUUACUCAAGGCACAGAAAGAAAUGCGCUGAAACGACAAAUGACCAUGUUACGUCUGUGCCACUGUCGCUGCUUGAAGUAAAGGAGCAUGACGGCUACAAUCCAGUUUUCUUAGACAGAAUUGUGGCAAAAUUUAGAAAUGAUAGUAUUGGCAAGAUAUGUCGAACUGACAAGACAAUCUUGCUCAUAGGAUCUUGUUUUUUUUGGCAAUUAAAAGGAAAGAGGGACAAAGUGUUCGAAGUGUCAAGAUCAGUAAGACAGGACAUGAGGCGAAUAGCCCAUUGUUAUAAUCACUUCAAGGUAAAAAAAGAUGUCUUACAUACACAUAAUAAUAGUCAUGACAUGUUCAAUCGGCGGAAUUUUGACUUUUUGGCAAGCUCCAUCGAGGAGUAUACAAAAAGCAGCACGGAUAAAAUGAAAGCUGGCUUGAAGGAAAAUCUUUUUUACCUAAUUAAACGAGCGGCACAAGUUUUACAGUUCUACUUGUUCAAUCAAGGUAAGGAUGAGGAAGCAGAAGAAGUCGGUAGGUUUUUGGUUUCUUGGAAGGGGUGGAAGCAAUAUUUAUUUGCAGAUGCUAGUUACAAGCUUAACACCAACAGACAAAUCAAUCUGAGAAAGCCACAAACACUCCCACUUGAGGAAGAUUUAACUAAACUACGAGAACAUGUUAUAAAGAAAAUGGAAGAGCUGUGUUCUGCGUUUCAUUACGAUGAUUUACAGACUUACACCGAACUGAGAAAUGUAGCCAUGACAAGACUAACUUUGUUGAAUGGGAGAAGAGGUAUGUGUGUUGUCUUACAGGUUCUGUACUGUAAUUACCAUUUGCAGCUUUUAUUGGCUAAAAUUGCUAAAAUUAACAAACUUGAUUCUUUGAGCGUGUUGUGA